UUUAGAACAGAUCCACCAGACAAAAUUAGGAAGAUAAUUGGCAUUAUCAAGACUUCCACCUCUAAGGUGAUUGUUGCUUUCCUAUCCCAUAUGGAUAUGGAUGUGCUAAUACAUGAGUUGUCUCACCACAAGUUGACUGGGUACCAGUGGGUAGGCAGUGAGAGCUGGAUAUCUGACUCCCAAAUUGCAGCAAUGGAUAAGCAUCAUAUUCUGGAUGGUGCCAUAGGCCUGUCCAUCCCCAAAGCACAUGUCAGUGGCAUGAGAGAGUUCAUGUUGAAUGUGAAGCAGCUCAAUUCAUCUAGUAAUGAACUGUUUACAGAGUUUUGGGAGACAUUAUUCAGCUGUAAGUUCAAGCAGUCAAAGUCAUUAACAGUGAAUCAGAGAGAAUGUACUGGACAUGAAGAUCUGACUGGAGUGCAGCACGUAUUUACCGAUAUGUCGCUCAUGCCUAUCUUUAACAAUGUCUACAAAGGAGUGUAUGCUGUGGCCCAUGCUCUUCAUAGUAUUCUCAGCUGCAAUAAAACAUGUAACAGCAAAGUGCAGCUAGAUCCAUAUAUGAUUUUACAACACAUUAAAAAGAUUCAAUUCAAAACAAAGGAAGGUGAUGAAGUUUACUUUAAUGAAAAUGGAGACCCUGCAGCAAAGUAUGAAAUAAUAAACUGGCAGCCAACAGAAAAUGACACCACUGACUUUGUCACAGUUGGUCUUCAUGAUGCAUCCUUACCUGCAGAAAAACAGCUGAAUCUGCAAAACAAGUCUUUAAACUGGGUACAGAACUCACAACAGGUGCCUGUGUCUGUUUGCAGUAAGAAGUGUCCUCCAGGAACUCGCAAGGUUCUCCAGAAAGGAAAGCCUGUCUGCUGUUACGAUUGUAUAAGAUGUGCAGAGGGAGAAGUAAGCAACAUUACAGAUUCUAUCACAUGUGUGCAAUGUCACCCUGAGUUCUGGUCAAACGAGAGAAGAGAUGCCUGUGUAAAGAAGGAGGCAGAGUUUCUGUCUUAUGAAGAGAUAAUGGGAGCACUGCUCAUUGCUGCAUCCUUAUUUGGAACAUGCGUCACUGCUGUUGUGGCCUUCAUUUUCUUCAGAUACAGGAAAACUCCUAUUGUCAGGGCCAACAACUCUGAGCUGAGCUUCCUGC